CCAGCGCCCGCGGCCGGCCCAGGCAGCACUCGCGAGCAGCGGCCGCGGCCGGCGGCCGAGUCGGGAGAAUGCGGCGGCGCUCGCGGAUGCUGCUCUGCUUCGCCUUCCUGUGGGUGCUGGGCAUCGCCUACUACAUGUACUCGGGGGGCGGCUCCGCGCUGGCCGGGGGCGCGGGCGGCAGCGCCGGCAGGAAGGAGGACUGGAAUGAAAUUGACCCCAUUAAAAAGAAAGACCUUCAUCACAGCAAUGGAGAAGAUCGAGCGCAGAGCAUGGAGACCCUCCCUCCAGGGAAAGUACGGUGGCCGGACUUCAACCAGGAGGCGUACGUCGGAGGGACGAUGGUCCGCUCUGGGCAGGACCCCUAUGCCCGCAACAAGUUUAACCAGGUGGAGAGCGAUAAGCUUCGAAUGGACAGAGGCAUACCCGACACGCGGCAUGACCAGUGAGUACCUCGCCAGGCGCCAGGUGGGGGUGGCUUCACUCGCUUUUACGCUGUGGCGCUGGGCUUUCCCGUUGCCCCAGGCAACUGAACGUGCGCUGUGUCUGUGCAGCGCUGUCCGACUGGGACAUCCCGAGGCAUGUGGCAGCGGGAAGCAGGGCCGGUGGGUUGCUGGUCCCAGAGCAUGGGAGUCAGAAAGAGAAAGUUGCAUCACUGACCUCUUUUCUACUGAUCGCUUGUUAUUUUUAAGAUCCGUUCACAAAAAUCAAACUUUUCCAUUGUUCACAACCUUGGAAGGAAGAAAAUCUAAGUUCCUUUGUAUUGGUACAGCUGAAGUAGGAAAUGUGCCAGAGACCAGAAAGGGGAAAUUGACUGGCCAGCAGGGUGGACAUUAAACUGAGCAGAGGCACAGGACGCAGAGGGGACAGGUGACACCUCUCCACACCUUGUACUGAGAGAAAGCCUCUUAAGAGUCCACAUGCGUCUUUUUAUUCUUUACAGACCUAGGACUUGUGGGUGACAGGCACCCUGGGCUUAGCUCAGGAGGUCUGCAUGCAUUUUAAAGAGUGUUUGUCACCACUUACCAGAAGAGUGAUAUUCAUAGCCCUUGCUGUCACUCUGUACCUUUAAUCCUUGCUGAUAAGAAGGUUGUUCACAUCGGAAUUCUUAGUGGAUUGGUUCUCGUUUCAGAUUAUUAAAAAAAUAAGAAGGCGCAUUUUGAAGGCAGCUGUUUUCUUGGGUGCUUGGCAGGUCUUCCCACUCUCUACGUUGCUUUUAGAGUUGCUCAUUCAUCAGGGAAUGGAAUGUAGAUAUCUGCCGAGCACCAGGCUGUGUGCUUGGAUUCCGGGGUUCCAGGCGGAAAAGCCUGGCCCCUUUCCGGCUGCUGUCCCAGGCAGGCCCACCGAGACUCGGGGUGUGCGGCUCCCCCGGUUGGAGGGUCUGCUUCACGGCAGUGCUUUUGGGACACCCAGGAGGCUGGGAGAGUCAGGACAGGCCCCGAGAGGCGUGAGUCUUGGGCCGGGACACCCAGGAUGAAGGCCAGUGCAGAAGCUGUGCCCUGGCAUCGGGUCCGCCCAGAGAGCCAAGCAGCUGGCUUUUGCAGACGUGAGCUCCAGGGAUUGACCAGGAGGCCGAGCUGGAGAGAUGGAGCCCACAGUUGGCUUUGUGUUCUAAGUCAAUAAGCUUACAUGGAAAGAGGAUUUUUCUCUUCUCUCCUACUCUCAGGGGUUUUAUGGACAGUGUAGGUCCCUGUUAACUGCGAGGGGCUGCCUUUCUGAACAGCUUUCUUUGGGUUCCAGUCAGCUCUGUUCACUCAGAGCAGCUCAUAUUUAAGAAAUUUGUACCUUUAUAGUUCUUUAGGCUCAGACAAAAGAGUGUGUGCAUGAAUAGAUAAUACAUGUGGGCACAUAUUGUAUGUAAUAUUAAGAAUCCCGUCAUCUUUCUAAAUCCACUCCAGAAGAUUAUCUUUAAUUAAUGUUUCCUAUGGUUGAUUAAUUUCUUCUUUGAAGGCAGCUUUACUCAGUCCUUACGCUGUGCUCCUGAUUAACUGUUAAAUGCUGUGUCUAAAAUAAGGGGUGCUAACCCGGGAUCUAAGGACCCCCAAGGAGCCACGCAUGGGCAUUGGGACUCUAUGAAGGUCUUGAAGCCAAAGCUGCGUGUGUGACCGUGGGCGUGUACACGUGUGCGUUUCUAGGGAGAGGAUUUGCGCUUCUUUCAGUUGGUGCCAGGUGUGUACAUCCCCACUGCCCCCGCCUCCCAGGCCCCACCAGGCUGACCCGCCUCUGCGAGGUGACCCCCGGGGACCCACUCAUACCGUCCUCACAUCCACUAACGUCGACUAGAAGGUUGUCUUCGUUUCGCAGAGAAGCAGCCGAGGCACCUGGGAUGUUAAUAACCUGCCCAGUAAUUAAGCGCUACUAGCUGAAGGCCAGCAAGGGUCACUAAAGGUUUCAAGAAGGGCGUGGCCUAAACUCAGGGAAGUAAAGUCUAGCAGAACCUAAAAAUCUUCCCCGGUGACUUUGGUCGACUGCUGGGAAUGGCGUCUCCGUGGAUGGUCUGGGCUUUGUCUCAGUGUCUGGUUUAAGAGCUAGUUUUCCACCAAGGCUUUACCUCUACAUACAUUCCCUAGAGCUGGCAGCUCAUCAGCGAGUGGGCUGGGUUUCUCCUCUGCUGCCUCCCUGGCAUGUCCCUAUACAGGCCCCCAAAACUGUAUGCACGUAUAUUUUUUUUCAAAAUGUUUGAAAUAUGAGUUGAUCCAAACAGAUGUUUGAAUAUUCAUCUUAUGGUGUGGGAUGCACUUUAGGUGGGUUUAAUUUUAGUUCCAGCUACUGUGUCAUAUUCAUUUGCAUGCGUUAAAGGGGCAGCUGGGAUGGCUUCCACAUUUGUUGGAUUUUGGCUAAAUUACAGUCUAUCCAAAAGUCAGUCGUAUGCCUAGAGCUGAACCAAUUUAAUGCCUCCAACGUAAGCUCUAGAAUAACCAUUCUUGUUGAAUGUCAGGUUAAGAAGAUCAAGUUACCUAUUUGAAUUUUCCCCCAGUAUGUCCAAUAGAGCGCUGUUAAAGAAUUUGACCUUCCCAUCUAAAAAUCUUUCCCUUUUCCUUUUUAUCUCUGGGGUCUCUGCCUUUGUGUAUGUAGAUCUACAGAAACGCUUGCACAGUGGAACUCCGCCUUCCAUUGUGACAAAGCCAAAGGCAGUGCAAGUGCAGAUUAAUGAAGAACACGGUUCGGGAGCCCCAAAGACCUGAGUUGAAAUCCUAGACCCUCCAGUUCUGAACUCUGUGACGUUUGUCAUCUUCAAGAUGACAUAACAUGACUCCCUCUGUAACCUGGGAGGAUUGAA